GAGAGCGCUCCCAGUUCCCUCCCAGUGCUCCCAGUGCCCUCCCAGUGCUCCCAGUGCCCUCCCAGUGCCGGGCGGGGCUGGGUCACUUUACAGCCCCCUCAGGACAGAGAGCGGCUGCUCCUGCGGGUCGGCACCGCCCGGGCCGGGCUGGGAGCGGAGGGAGAGAAGAGGAGGAAGAGGAAAAACAGGAGCGGGAGGAAGAGCAGGAGCAGCAAUAGGAGAAGGACGGAGAGGAGGAGGAGGCGCAGCAGCAGGAAGCCGCGCGGUUCCCUGGCCCAUCGGGGGGUCUCCGGGAGGAUUUUUUUUGCGGUGCGGGGGAUGUUUGGAUUUUGCAGGACCCCAAAGCUGAGCUGCACAUUCCACUCUGGGGGUAUCUAGGCGGUCCCAGGUACCGGCGGGGACGGGGCGAUGUUGGUGUUGAGGAUUCCCCGGACAGAGCCGGGGUGGAGAGCUCGGAAUGGGGAGAGCGCAGAGGGGCGAUCCCGGGGCCGGGGGACGCCCGGUAGACAGAAAGGGUGGGGGAGGCUGGAGAUGAGCGGGGUCCAGGCCCCCGGGGCUGAAAGGGGUGGUCGUUUGUCCGACUAAACUUGCGCAGCCGGGACCAUCAAACCCGACACGCUCUUGUUUCUCCUCCGCGAACCCGGAUUUCCCAUUCCCAAACCUUGGCCGGAUAGAGGGGGAGGCGACCGCGAGGAGGAGGAAGAUGUCGGCACACUCAGGCAGGCGGAGGAUGGAGACCAGAGAGGACAAAUCCCCACAGCAGAACCUCAUGGAAGAGGCUGUUUUGACCAGCUCCAUAUCGCAGGAAUCCAAAAGGGAGGAAAAGCCCCAGAGAUCCUUUAUGAGGAGGGGCUGCAAACCCAGCCCCAGGAUCUGUGAGGAAGAAAGACCCACCCUGGGCCAGAAACACAGCUGGAGAUAGGCCAGAGCUCAGAGCUGGGUAUCCAUGAGCAGCUUCAUGGCAGGGAGAAGCCCCACAAGUGCUUGGAAUGUGUGAAGAGCUUCAACCAGAGCUGAGCUCUAAUCUACCACUGGAGAAUCCACACUGGGGAAAGACCUUACAAGCAUGGAGAGUGUGGGAAGAGCUUCACGAUGAGCUGGUGAUCUCUGGUCCUGGUGAUCUGUGUUGGGAAGAUCCCUGACUGGGGUCCUCCACAUCUUCCUGGGCUCCCUGUGGGUACCUGGACACAUCCACAGACAAUCAGAAGUCCAUUGUAGAGAGCAGAUUUGUCCCCAGAAAAAUCUCACCUUUUGCAUCUUCUGGUGGCAUCAAGCAACACUGGAUGACCUUGGAGGUCUUUUCAAAAAAAAAUCCAUUGUUUUAAUUCUCUCUGGCCCACAGGCAUUUUCCACAGCCAAAUGGGGAUGUGCUGGGGCAAACCUCACAAUUUUGGAGACAGUGGGAUGGAAACCCCUCCUAAAAAGGUUCUUCCACCCAUGUAAGCACGUGGAUGCUCAGUUGGCAAAGACACAUAAAUCCUUUUGGUUUAGCCUUGAUUUUUUUUCAUUUGUAUUCAUCCCUUUGAAACCCCUGAAACUGGGGCAAAAAUAAAGAUGUUGAACAAAGGCAUGGGUGAGCAACAAUGACAUGGGGGGACAUGGCCAUGGAUGGGGACAUGGGGGACAUGGACAUGGGUGGGGUCAUGAACUGGGACAGUGUCAGCGCCACCACAGUGCCACCAGCAUCUUCAUCUCGACCACACAGAAGCACUGCCUGAUGGAGUUCCUGCCACCAUGUCCCCACAGUCACCACCAUGGUGUCCCAGCUGAAUGUCACUACCCACUAGAGCGGGACAGGGAACUUGUUCAGCUGGUGACAAGUGGCCCGGAUGCAGGUGACAGCCAUCAGGGUGUCCCAGAGCCACUGCACCCAGGGGACCCCAGCUGCCACUAGGAACAGGCUGGGGACAGCACAAGGGAUGUUUCCGUGGCUGCUCCUGGCACUGAGCGUCUGCGCCCACCCCGGUAGAGGCACGUCCCUAGCCGUGUCCCCAGUUGUGCCCCCACGCCACAUGGACUCGGUGCUCGACAUCCUGGACGCCCUCGAGUCCCCGGCCCGGGGCGGCUCCCCCGGCACCGCCGCGGCCUUGGGGAGGGGGCUGGGGGUCUGCAGCACCCCGGGGUGCCGGGCGGUGCUGGGCGAGCCCCCCGGGCACCCCGGACGCCCCCCGGCUCUCACCCCGGGCCAGUGGCAGCUCCUGACCGAGCUCCUCCGCCACGACCCGGCGACACCGGAGCUGGGGGCGGUGCUGGCCCCCGACGGCUCCACGGUGGCGCUCGGUCCCCUCCUGGCCGGCAUCGAGGCGGGGCUGAGAUCUGGCGGGUUUGGGCGACCCCUCCCCACCCUCAACCCGCCCGCCGACCCCCUCUUGGCUGUCACCAUCACCGAGGCUUUGGGGACAUCCUUCCUGCUGGUGCAGGGGGGUGACAACAACGCCACCGCGCUGGGACCCGGCGGCUGCUGGGACGACGUGGAGAACCCCCAGAAUUACACCCUGAGGGGUCCCCCGUCCCCUGUCCCCGACCCUGUGGCCAUCGGGGCCAUUGAUGGGGCGGUCCUGGGGGCACAGCUGGCCCGGGGACCCCUCUCGGUGGCCGAACUGCUUCGGGGCUACUACGGGACUAGGAAUGGCUCAGAAGUGGGGAGACCCCCCAGCAGUUACCGGCGCCGAGCUUUUCGGGCAUUGGUGGGACAGGGACAACUGGAGAAGGAGGUGGCAGCAGUUUUGGAGCUGCUGAGGACGCUGUCACCCACCUCGGAGCUCCUGAGGGACGUGGGGACACAGGAGGUGGUGGCCGUGGCUCGUAGGGCGGCGCGGGAGUUCAGCGAGCGCUACGUGGAGUGCCCAGCCAUUGUGCCGCGCUGCCUGUGGGGUGCCCGUCCCUACCGAGGCAGCCCGGCCCUGCUGCAGCCCCCGCUGGGCUCAGUGUUCCUGCACCACACCCUGGAGCCAUCGCAGCCCUGCCGGACCUUCGGUGCCUGCGCCCGCGACAUGAGAAACAUGCAGCGCUUCCACCAGGACACCCGCGGCUGGGAUGACAUUGGCUACAGCUUCGUGGUGGGCUCGGAUGGGUACCUGUACGAGGGACGGGGGUGGCACUGGGUGGGUGCCCACACCAAGGGCUACAACACCCAAGGCUUUGGCGUUGGCAUCAUCGGGAACUUCACGGGCACGCUGCCGGACCCCGACACGCUGGCCCUUGUGCGGGAUGAGCUCCUGCCCUGCGCUGUCCGCUCUGGACACAUCCGGCCAGGCUUCACCCUCCGCGGCCACCGCCAGCUCGUCCGCACCGACUGCCCCGGCAAUGCCCUCUUCCAGGAGAUCCAGAGCUGGCCCAGCUUCCAGGGGACACCGGUGCCACUGGGGCUCCGGUGAGGAGCGGCUCCAGCCAGGAAGCCUGGGCUGGAUAGAGGCAGGAGAGGUUGGAAAGUGGUCCAGAUGGACACCAGUCCAGUCUGGAUGGACACUGGUCCAGCAGAUGUUGGUCUGAUGCAUCGAGCUGGACAUUGGUCCAGAUGAACACCAGACCCAUGGAUCACAACUGGACUCUGGUCUGCAGCCCCUCAGCCUGGACAGCCCCAGCCCAGAUGACCACCAGCCCAGCCACACCCUGGCCUACCAGCCCACAGUAGCCCCAACCCCAAAACCCCUCAAAAUAAAUCCAAUUUCAGGACAUCAGCUCUGGGUGGUCCGUGCAGAGCAAGGGGGAAUCUGAGGCACGCGCUGAGGGUGACUUUGGGGUAAUGGGAGUGGACUUUGGGAGCCACCCUGGAGACACCACCCCCCCCCCCACCUGCACUCCCCCCAAAACGAGCACCCAGCCCCCAAACUGGCACCUGCAGCAUCCCAGGCCCUGCACUGUCAUUUCAGAGGGAUUCCAGGAGCCACCAUGACCAUGCAGUCUCUUUGAGAGGUGACCUGCAGUGUCCCACAGGUGUCACCAGCGUGUCCCCAGCAGGAACAGCAUCAUCACCUCCCAGCAUCACCUCCCGAGGAGGUGAAGGGGUGACUGAAACUCCUGCCUGGUGUCAUGAUCCGCUCAUGUGGGGUGCCGUGAUGGUUCAUUAACCAAUCCCAAAAGUGCAAAAAGGCAAACAGCAGGAGAUCAUCAGUUUAAUCACAACAAAUGCACCUUUGUUGUGGUACCAACAGCAAAUGCAAUAGAGGGGACA